AGUCGCUUCUGCAUCGCGCACAUACCCGGCUAACUGAUGAAAAAAGCCCUCAUCAGUCACACAUUACAUUCUUCAUCAAUAUGUCCGAAUUCCCCCAUUAUCAGCAGCCAUCUUCGUUGCCCUCAAGCUAUGCUCUCAUGAGCCAUUUUAAUCCGGAACUCGAUCCAGAAGAACGCGAAGUAGAAAGCAACGGGGAGAUAUCAAGUUCUAUUGAAGAAGUUUCGCAAGGGAUCUCGAUUCAGCAAAAUAUCGAUCCUGCUCUGGCUGGCCCCUUUGGCCCAGUUUCCUAUGCAAUCAAACGUCGCAGGACAAUGUCGGCAGUCCCCACAACAAUUCGACCCAACCGACGGAUCUUAUCCCCCCUUCCGGGAACACCGGUUGCGCCUCCUGAAUCUCCAUUUGUUGAUGAACACACUCCUUUGUUGAACACUGAAAUUCCGGACAGAAGAGACAGUAAAGAAGCCCCGAGAUCUUCUUGGUUUAACUUCGGCAAAGAGCUCAAUGUCCUAAUUCGCUACUCAUUUCCGAUUCUUGCGACUCAAGUGUUGGAGUACUCCCUCAUUGUGGCUUCGGUCAUAUCUAUUGGACACAUCGGCACAGACCAGCUCGCAGGAAGCACGUUAGGAAAUAUGACUGGUAGUGUCACUGGGUAUUCCAUUGCACUUGGUUUCAUUUGCGCACUCGAUACUCUGCUCCCUACUGCAUGGACAUCUGAUGAUCCCAGUAUGGUUGGGCUGUGGACUCAGCGCAUGGUCGUGCUCAUGACGAUUCUUCUUGUGCCUAUGCUUGGAAUUUGGUUUAACACCGAAUCGAUUCUCCUGCUCUUGCAUCAAGAUCCUGAAGUGGCACGCUAUGCAGGAGCGUACCUGAAGUAUGCGAGCGUUGGACUACCUGCGUACACAUACAAUGCAAUCGCGAAGAGAUACUUUCAAAGUCAAGGUCUCAUGCAUGUUCCUACCGUCGCAACUGUCAUUGUUGCACCCCUCAACCUUUUCCUCAACUGGUUAUUGGUGUGGGGUCCAGAGCCCGUGAGAUUGGGAUUCAAAGGCGCGCCGCUUGCUACAGCAUUUAGCUUCAAUUUAAUGCUUAUUGUGUUCAUCAUAUAUGGUGCAUUCUUCGCGCCGAAAACUGCAUGGUGUCCCGUGAGUCAUCGUAGUUUUACGCGGCUUGGAGAGUUGGUCAGUUUAGGUAUCGCUGGUGUCGGCAUGACGGUAUCGGAGUGGUGGUCUUGGGAGAUCGUUGCACUGGCCGCUAGCUUACUAGGACCUUCUGCACUAGCAGCGCAAUCCGUGAUUUUGUCAACAUGUAGUGGACUCUGGCAAGCAAGUAAUGCCUUGUCCAUUGCCGCUGCUGUUCGCGUGGGCAACCUGUUAGGUGCCGGACAAGCGAGAGAGGCAAGCCUGGCUUGUAAGGUGUCUUUGUUCAUGGGCAUAUGUGCGGCCUCCCUUAUGGGAGGCUUGCUGAUCACCUUUCGACAUAAUUGGGCAUACAUUUUCAAUAAUGAUCCUUCCGUGGUUCGCCUCGUAUCCCAAAUCCUACCUCUUUGUGCAGGCUUUCAGGCAUUUGACGCGCUUGCAACUAUCUCAAGUGGUAUUCUUCGUGGCCUUGGAAAACAAUCGCAUGGGGCCGUGAUUAAUCUCACCGCUUACUAUGUGAUUGGCAUUCCGUUGGGUCUCUGGCUGACCUUCAGCCGACAUACACAGUUGUACGGAAUAUGGAUCGGAUUAACUGUCGCACUUGUCUAUGCUUCCCUUGUUAGUGUUAUUUUGGUCCUGCGAUCCGACUGGGAGCAUGAGGUAGACAAGGCCAGAGCGCGUUUUACAGAUGAUCAAGCCCAACCGAUCAACGGGACAGAAGAAGGAUGCACGGAGAAUGGUUCUGCGUUGCCCUAAAAGGAUGAAUUCCAGGAGUGCUUGAUGAAACACUUAGAUUGGAUAUGGUAAUGACAAGUCAUGAAACAGUAUAUUCUAUUCUCUACACACCUGCUACCACCACUGCAGCACAUGCAGUCCACCUCACGGGGUAGCGGUCUGAUCAAAGCGAUGUCUUUGACAAACCCUGGGGGGUAACUGCAAGAUGUUCAGUCGUCCCGCUAGCGUUGCCCAUUUGCUCGUUGCCGGCGGUAUUAGCCAAAGUUGCCUCGAUUUGUUGUGCCAGUGCGGUUGGACCCGUUGUCUGCAAAAACCACGGCUUACUCAUGUAGUUCCGGAUACUGUCCGGCAGAAUCACAACAAUAUUCUUGCCUUCUACACCACCAAGCGUUCUAUAUCCUUCACUGCUCUUCAAAUAGCGCAGGGCUCCGGCUAGCGCACUGCCGCUGCUGCCACCUAUGAGCAUGGACUCGGUUCUGAUGACUUCACGAGCUGUGGCAAAAGCUUCAUCGUCGUCGACCUUCUCCCAAACAUCAACUAAUUCUCUACAUAGGACCUUCGGCAAGAAAUCAUAGCCUAUCCCCUCUACCUGAUAACCACAGAUACCGCUCUGCACCUUCUUAUUGACAUCAUCGGGUGCCAAGACGCUACCGACUGGGUCCACCGCGACAACAACACAAGCCGGAUUGUGGGCCUUCUUGAUCGCACGACUGAUGCCGGUCACUGUACCCCCGGUACCGGCACCUGCUACAACACAAUCGACCUUUCCAGAGGUGAGUCGUUGAGAAUUCGAAGGUGCGGUGACGGCCGCAAUGAUCUCAGGGCCAGUUGUAUACUCAUGCGCCAACGGGUUGUCCGGAUUUUCAUACUGGUUUAAGAUAAUGCCGUACGGGAUUUCCUCUUCAAGCUUCUUUGCCACACCUAAGGUCGAUAUGGCUUUCCGGGGAAUCCCAAGCUGCUUCAGUCGGCGUUCGAACAAUCUCUGCGCCGAGCGCACGAAGUGUAGCCUCCUUUUCUCUACUCAUCUUCUCGGGCAAGGUGAUGAUAACAGGAUAGCCUUUGACAGCAGCUACUAGCGCAAGCCCAAUUCCUGUGUUUCCACUGGUAGGCUCAAUAAUAACACUCUUGCCGGGAAUAAGCCUGCCGUCCCGUUCAGCUUCCUGCACCAUGCGCUUUGCUAUUCUGUCCUUGACGGAACCACCGGAUGAAAGAAACUCGGCUUUGCCCAAUAAAUUACACUUCAGACCAUGCAGGGCAGCAAAUCGGUCGAGGCGUAUCAGAGGUGUAUCGCCAAUUGCAUCAGUGGCAUCAUCUAGAAUGGCCUGUACGCGAUGUGACAUAUCUAAAGCACGUCGCCGUAGAGGAGAGAGAUAUU